UCUAAGGGAUGGUCUUAAAUCAAACAGGCAUACACAGUCCACACCGAGCAGGUUAAGCCAAGAAGCAGGAGAAGUGGCGGGGUGGGGUAACCAGUGGAAUUUCCUUCUAAGAGGAUUAUCACCGUCGUUAUCUCGCCGCCGGCCUGAUCAACGGGUGCCAGGUUUGCCGGUUGGAAUAAAACAACUCACCAUAACCUAGCGGCAGAAGAAAUGGGUCGGACUUGCUCUCUCCACGAAUAUGUAGAUCUUUAAUGUUGGCGCGCCAAGAUGACCUAUGGUAUUUUUUACCUGCUGGGAGCGCACGGGAAUCCGUCAACCGGAGUCCAUCUGUACCAGAGAGCGGUUUCCUGAGGUGGUUGUUGACGGGCAGCUUUUGACAUGAAGACGAGACCUGCGGGGAUCGGCAAUGUCAACGCCGACUGGAUGGGUUCACUCCCCUCCAAGCUCAGUGCCAUGCCCCUCAAACACCUCGCCGUGCCAGGGUCUCAUGACUCUUUCACUUACUGGGUGGAUGUGCGUGCUCCUGUUGGCCCCGAUCAGAAGGCUUAUGUUAAGUACCUGGCCACCAUGUUCAGUGUCUUAGCCAAGAAAGUCAUGGUGAAGUGGUCCAUGACACAGAACCUGUCUUUUAAGGAGCAACUGGAUGCAGGAAUUCGCUACUUUGAUCUCAGGGUGUCCUCCAAACCAGGCGAGCCUGGAAAUGAGAUCUACUUUAUUCAUGGCCUCUUUGGACACAAGGUGAGAGACUGCCUGUUAGAAAUCAACCUUUUCCUUGGCAGACAUAGGAAAGAGGUAGUGUUUCUGGACUUCAACCAUUACUAUGCGAUGGGGGCAGAGCACCACGUGUACCUCAUUAACAUGCUCCAGGAGGUGUUUGGCGGCAAGCUGUGCAACAACUGUGCCGUGGAGACCAUCACUCUGGACUACCUCUGGGAGAAGAAAUACCAGGUGAUCGUGUUCUACCAUCAUCCUUUGGGUCAGGGCGUCUCUGUCAUGUGGCCUGGCAACAAGAUCCCUGCUCCCUGGGCAAACACCACUGAACCCAACAAGCUUAUACAGUUCCUGGAAACUACACUGAAGGAAAGAGCCAAACAGGGGUCCUUCCACGUGUCACAGGCAAUCCUGACUCCCACGGUCAACACUGUGGCCAAGGGCCUGGUCUGGGGGCUACGCAACUAUUUGGUGGAGAGAAAUCUACCAACCAUUAUCUCCUGGGUUGAGGCCCAGAGGCCGGGAGUGGGCGGCGUCAACAUCAUCACCUCUGACUUUGUGGAACUCACCGACUUUGCCAACAUUGUCAUCCAACUGAAUAACCUACUGCUGUCCGAUCAGGACCGCAAGCCAAGAUGACACCGGCUUUCACAACAGGACGAGGGCGCGCCCACAGUGAACUUUUAGCUCUCCUUCGAGCUGUUAGAGCUUCAGUGUUUCCACAGAGGACACUCACGAUUAAGAUGCAUGAGGGUUCUCGGUGAGCCUGUCACAAAGCCUUUAAACCUUGCAGGAACUCAUCAGAUAAUAUGCAGUUACAUUUUUGAUUAUGGUGCAUCGUCUCAGGCCCAGUGUUGCGAGUAAAAAGAGGACAGAGUUGAAAUAGAGAAAAACAGACAUGCCCAGUGGCUUUUCCUUUCCCCACCUUCAUAACCCAUAAUCCUGUCAUACCACAGCUCUAGCUGCCUUUGUAGAUACCUUUUCCUCCAUUCCCUCUUGUGGGCAAAAACUGGAAAUAUACACCGAUCAGGCAUAACAUUAUGACCACCUUCCUAAUACUCUGUUUGUCUACCUUGUGCAAAAGUCCAAAAAGGUUUUACUCAUGAGACGACAGACAUGAGGCCUUGUGAGGGGACCUUUAGGUCCUAUGGGUUGAGGGGAGGGGCCUCUGUAGAUCAUCCCACAGAUACUCGAUCAGUUUGGGAUCUAGUGAAUUUAGAGGCCAGGUCAACACCUUGUGCUGUUUUUAUAGGGGUGCCUGGUCUGGUCUAGCUGUGUGGUACAUGUCUAAGUAUGUUACCUGGAUGAAUAUACAGCAUAGGGAUUUAACAUCUGGUUGUUUUGGACUUUUGCCGUUGUUGGUUUUGUUCCUUGUUAUUUUUAGUUACUGAACCUAUAACUUAAAACCUCCUGUUUUACAGGCUACUUAUAGAUGUGUUAAAACACAAAGACAACAUAUCUGUAUAAAUUCUCAGUCAUCCAGAACAUAUUAAAUCAAAAAAACAAAAAACAAAGCUAAAACAAAAGGAACUGGACUUAGUGGGUGGUGUAAUGUCUUCAGGGAAACACAAGUGGACAGUGGAAUUUGUUUAUGCUGUAUUCCAUGCACACUAAUAAUUGUUUGACCAGUGAACUAAAGUUGGCUUUUUUAACUUUGCA